AUGGCUCCAGUUCGCCGCAUCGCUCAGAUUGUUCACCUCAAGCCCGCUGCCGUGGCCGCAUACAAAGAAUGCCAUGCGAACGUGUGGCCAGAGGUGCUCCAGCAGAUCAAAGAUUGUAAUAUCAAGGACUACUCAAUCUUCUUCGACAACGACCGGACACUGUUUGCUACAUUUAAGUAUGUCGGUACCGACUUCGAGGGAGAUAUGGAAGCCAUGCGAGCAAACCCAAAGAUCAGAGAGUGGUGGGCGAUGACAGACGGGAUGCAGCUGAUUGAGAGCGACUGGCACCAGGAGAGUCCUAUUCCCGGAGCUGUCGGUAGUGCGGAUGGACCAGGGUGGUGGAAGGUCUUGGACGAGGUGUUUUACACGGAUUAG